AUGCGUUUCGCAACCUUCAAACUCGUCCUCAUAUCCCUCGUCACGCUAUCAAGCGUAGCAGAAGCAUUAGGGAAGCCAUGUACUACUGCCGCGGAUUGCCCCAACUGUGCGGCUGGUCCAAAUGCUAAGAGUUGCUCGUAAGUACUUGCAAAAAACGAACAUACCGGUCGUACUUUUUCAUUACUAAUGCAGGACUUGUGUAGGAAUGGGAUUUGUAAGUGUUCGAAAAAUUGAGAUGAGAUCUCUAACUCAAGUCCAGUCGGUCGGAGAUGGGCAGAUUUGGGGACGGAUGAUUUCGCUAGUAUGGAUACACGCUUGUGGUGA